ACAAGACUUUUAUGUCCGAGGCUGAUGUGGCAGUAUGUUGUAGGUAACUGGCUUUUUAACGAUAAGGGACAGUGAACAAAGCCUAGUCUCAACAAGAAUCCAAUCAGCUAUACUGUCCUUUUAGAGUGAUAGUAAAUACUCAACCAAAAUUCCUCACAUGAAUGAAUAAAAAUAUCAUAUUUUUAGUGACUUACUGUAUAUGAAUUUGAAACUCCCUGAUAGCAGUACUCUAAUCUAAUUUAGCUGUGACCUUGUCCUUCUCAUUUCAUUGUGAUGAUUGAAACACGUGAUGUUUCAUGGAACUUUAUACUCGGAUGCAAAAUCUUAAACGUUUUAUCUCGAAGAGUUUGCUAUCAAUAAAUAAACCAACUCUAAAAAGCAUCACCUGAUGACAUCAUCAAUCCAUAUCCUCACACUCUAGUGUCCAGCUCCGGGAGACAUUUGUUUCUGUUUGCUGGCAUUGACUUUACUGUCUCCAGUCAUUGGUACAGCGUAGUGUGAAGUCUUUUUUUCCUUUACAAGUCCACUCGUAUUUCUAAUAUUGUUUGCUGACUUGGUGUACAAUCCUAACUGUGUUGCAAUGACAGGUUGUUUGUCUUAGAUUAAUGACGUAAUUUAAAGAUAACCAGUCCAUGUUGCCUUACUGAAAGACUGAUUACAUUUACAGCACACUACUCUUUCCCUCCUCCUCUUUUUCCCUCUGUUUCACUCACAAGCUCAUUUUAGUACAACUCAUUUAAUCCCGCCCAUGAAUCACACAGAGCACAGUAACCACCAAGAUAUCUUCUGCUGACAGGUGAAACACACUGACAAAUCACUUUCUGUCAAAACACUACAGAUCACACUACUGCUGCCUGCCCAUGCUAACUCAGCUAGCUCUCUCUCAGCUAGUGUUCUGCACACAAAGUAGAACAUGUACAAGUGCAUAUGUGUGAGAAACUCAUUUGUAAGUGUGCAUUCAUAUGCAUACAUGUGAGCUAAAAAUGCUUGUGAGUUGAUUCAGAUUCAGCAUUAAAACCUGUAAGAAUUGCCAGAUUGUUUGACUGUCACAGCUGUGCCUGUGUUGGCACACUGUAGUGCGCUGUGUGAAAUGGUAAAGAUAAUACUGUAACAUGAAGAUGCGGUGAUUAGUGACAGAAUGGGAAGAGAAUCUCGGUCUGUCAACAGUCGGAGUGGGUGUGUUUUUAAAUGGGCUGUGAAAUUAAUACAGAUUUCAUUUUAAGAAUUAUUCCAGAUGGGAUUUGCUACAAUAUGAAUCAUCCGUCCAUCUAUCCGCAUCUUAAUCGGCUCCAACUUUGUGCUUAUUAUCAUUCACCUCACAAAUAUGCAUUGGCAGAGAAUUGUGCUUUUACCUGUGUGUUUUGGUGUGUUUAAAACCACUAUAAGUGGAACGCAGAGAGGGUUUUGCCAUCGCAAACUAAUCUCACUAUUCUCUGUAUUUUAAAUGAGGGAUAGCAGAUCAUAAAACUGUCAUAUCCACAUUAAAUGUGCUCUGUAUAGUUUAGAUUACAAAUAAAAUAAAAUGUGCCACAUCGACACAUAGCCUGCAGUCACAAGUGUCAGAAUUCUCCAUCUCUUUAUAUUCAAGCCAAUUGAAUCUUGGGAAAUUGCCUAGUCAUGCUUCAGGAGCAAAAAUGACCUCUAUUAAGAAUUGCCACCAUUUUAUUACUUGUGGGGAUGCAAACUUCCUAAGCCUAUAUUAUUCUGGUGUUAUUUAUGAGGUAAAAUACAAAUGUAGAUGCAAAUAAACUGUAUGCUCACACCUUUAAAGAAUAUUUUAUAGUUUUAUAGUUCUAGUUAUUUUAAUGCAUGUAAACACUCACAGGUAACAGAUGUGACUUGCAGCCGUUAAGACUGGAAAUAAGACCACAGUCCUGCUUUUACGUCCUUCACCGUGUCCCCCAUUGUUCUUGUGACACGUUCCCCCUCAUGUGCCCUGUUUUUUAGAUUAAUUUAGGCAGCUUGUCAGGGCCUCAGUUUGUGACGCACAUCAGGUCCUUGUGUGUGUGUCUGCCUAAAAUAGUGUGUGGGGACAAAAAACAUUCCUUUACUGCCAUACAUUCUGAUACAUUUAUAUGCAUAUAAUUAAAUGAGCAUGCCUGCGCGUAGAAACAUUCUUUACUGUAUUUGACCAUUAAUAUUGAAGAUUAGAUUCAGUUACUUACUGGAUUAAAUGAUCUGGAUGUCACUAUGACAUGUGACCUUUUAAAACAAACAUUAAACAAAUGUCGCAAGCACUACAUAAAUGCAAAAUAAGUGAAACUUUACACAACAAAGCUGUGGCAUGUUCAAUGGGUAAAACAAUGGCUUCAACCUGUUAUGAUAAAAGGACAUUAUUUUUAAGAUUCUGAGGCUGCAAUGAUCCCCAUCACUGGCACAGAUUAUGUGCUGGGGAACACACAUGUGCACACACACAUUCACACAUGGCUCAUCACCAGGGAGUGGUGAUGGAGCAGAAUUGGGUGGUCUCUGGGGGACAGGAAGUAGGUCAGUGGUCCUUAUCUCUUCCAUUGCUCGGAGAGACUCCUUCCUGUCAUCACAUACAAACAAACUUCAGAACUUAUAGGGGGAAACAAGCUUAUGAUAAUGAGACCGCAGCAUCCCACUCGAGCUCUCAGCUCCCCCCACCCCCACUGCCGUUGCCUGUACGCCUAUGUUAAAAUUAUUUAGACACGAAAUCCCAAAUUUGUCUUCACACAAGAAAAAGUUGAAUUGAGUAAAAACCGUACUGCGUUUGGAUCACAGUGAAGGCUGCAUUGUAUCGUUUGAAUCUGUAGGUUUCAUCAGCCUCGAGACUCCUGCUGUAUACACUGGAGUUAGUGUUAACAUCUCACGUGAAAACAGUGUGGGGGGGUUAAUUAUAAUGCUGUGCUUUAAGUCUCAAGCUUUUAAUGUGAUGGGAUUAGCCUCUUCACAUUCACAAACUCAUAUAGCAUGUAUGUAAUGACAAUAAAAUGUGGCUCAGUCAUGACAUUGACGAGUGAAGUUAAAAAAAGAAACAAGGGCUAAGCUUUAAAAAGAAAAAUGAAAUAUUGCUCCUCUUAAUUAAGCAACACAGUGAUGUGCGUUUAAAGGAAAAGCUCUUAAAUUUUCAUGUGGUGAUGAGGGAAGCUGGGGGGCACCCAAUCACUCACCCACCCACACAAAUACACUCACACACACCCCACCACCACCCAGCCAGCGAGCCAACGCGUGUCUUCGGGGUUGGGUGGGUGUGGGGACCAUGCAGGAUCAGAAGCACCCCCCCAGCACGGGUGGGAAGCGUGGGUUUGCAUCCCAAUGAGGGGUGGGGGCGCUGAAUGAAAAUCACGACAGAGUGACGUGGAGGAGGAGGAGGUGAUGAGAAAAGAGAAUGGGAGGGGAAGCAGCUGCUACCUAGUUCAUUUCCAAUCCAGCCUCUGCUUCUUUUGCUCGAUACGCACACAAACACUGGUGUUUGGUUGGUGGUGAGGCACAUCAACCGGACAACAAAGGGACACACUGUCGGGGGAGGGGGGCUCACUGCAGCCAGGACAGGAUCAGGACGUUACCACCAUCCAGUGUCAGCGACCAGCUCACUGAACUCUCUUUUUUCCUCCACACUCACUGGGAAAUAAAGCAUCAGGCAGUCUGGAGGUGACCGUCACAGAAGCGUUAAUUGCUCACGUAGACAGUACAGCCGUACUCGUGAGCCUCAGCAGCGAGAUGGAAAUGGAGCAUUUCGACGAGCGGGACAAAGGUCAGAGGCACAGUCGCUCCAGCGCGAAGAUGAACGGGGUGCCGAGUCCCACGCACAGCGCCCACUGCAGCCUGUACCGCACCCGGACCCUGAAAACUCUCACCGCGGAGAAAAGAGCCAAGAAGGUCCGGUUCUACCGCAACGGAGAUCGGUACUUUAAUGGGAUAGUGUACGCCAUCUCCACAGACAGGUUCCGGACCUUUGACGCCCUGCUGGCGGACCUGACCCGCUCCCUGUCCGACAACGUCAACCUGCCCCAGGGAGUCCGAACCAUCUACACCCUGGAUGGCUCCAAGAAGAUCACUGCUAUUGAGCAGCUGGUAGAAGGUGACAGCUAUGUGUGCAGCUCCAUUGAAGCCUACAAAAAAUUGGAUUACACAAAAAACGUGAACCCCAACUGGUCGGUGAACGUUAAGGCGUCGGCGGCGUCCUCCCGCGGGCCUCCUUCUCUGGGCAGCUCCAAGGCCGGGGCCCCCGAGAGCCGUGAAAUCAAGGACUUCAUACGUCCCAAGCUUGUGACAGUGGUGCGGAGCGGAGUGAAGCCCCGCAAAGCUGUGAGGAUCCUCCUGAACAAGAAAACUGCCCAUUCUUACGAACAAGUCCUGACCGACAUCACGGAUGCCAUCAAGCUCGACUCCGGUGUGGUGAAAAAGAUCUACACGCUGGAGGGCAAACUGGUGUCGUGUCUGCAAGACUUCUUCGGCGAUGAGGACAUUUUUGUGGCGUGUGGACCGGAAAAGUUUCGCUACCAAGAUGACUUGAUGCUGGAUGAGAGCGAGUGUCGCUUACUGAAGUCUGUAAACUAUGGAAAAAUGUCUGGCUCUCUGAGCCGAGGCUCCCCUAAGACCGUCGUCCAAUCACGACGCAGCAAGUCCCCUGCAUCCGUGAAUGGGACACCGGCCAGUCAGCUGUCCACUCCUCAUUCGGGAAAAUCUCCCAGCCCCUCCCCGACCAGCCCGGGUAGCCUCAGCCGACGCCGGGAAAAGGACAAAGCUGCCAUUGAGCAUAGGCCAACAACAUCUUAGAGUCUUUAGAGUACGGAGAAACCACAACGUCCCAACACCUUUAGUGUCUCAGAAGGGGGUGGGCCACUGACCUUUGACCUCAUGCAGUGCUGCUCCGCGAUUCCAAGAAUGGCAGGCUCAUGUUAGGAUCCUCUAAUGUUACAGCUCUUAUUCAGUGUAAAUAGUUUUCCAGGGUGAUUCAUCCUUCCAUGUUGAUUUUCUGUUACGUUCCCCCCGUACACUGAGCCACAGUUCUUUGUUCCUUAUAAAGAGCUGUCUGCCUUUGGUAGCAAAACCAUGAAUGAUGCUAUCACUGACUUUUAAAGAUCUGCGAGUCAGUAAUUUGUGCAAUAGCCGACCUAAAGAUGAGACUGAUGUUUGACUUUGUGAGCAGCCUGCUCCAACUUGCAGGCCUGUUUUUAUUCUGCAAAAAUUGGUUUACGUCCUCUGUUAGCCACCAAGCAGUCAAAGCACAAAAAAAGACCAGAUCAGUACUGACGGAUGAUCUAGGAUUACUUUUUUUUUUAAUCAAGUCAUGUCAUUUUGUACAUGUCCUUUUUGUGAAAGACUUUAGAGAAACAUUUUAUACUAGUUAAUCAGAUUAUUUUAGCCAGUGUUUCUGUGUUCUGUCAUUGGUUUGGGUUUUUUUUAAAAAAAGAUCACUGUUCAAACAUCUUAACUAAGAAAAGAAAAAUAAUCUGUUUUCUGUUGCUAACAGAGGAGAAAGAGGAUCUGAGAUACAAACACACUAUGUACACUGUGAAGCUGGUAGUCACUGUGUAGAAAAUACUUCUGUGCAGAGAGGGAGCAUGCAACUCAAAUGGAAAAACCUUCAGUUCCAUAUUAGAAAGUUCAAGCGUGUCGUGUGUGUGUGUGUGUGUGUGUGUGUGUUCAAGAUCAAAGUGUUUGUUAAUCCGGCCCUUGACAGUGAUGAUGGUGAUCUUUUAAUAUCAGCCUCAAUCCUAAUCAGACCCUGUUUUCUCACAGCGGCUCUUUAAUUUGCAGCAACUCUAAGCCUGCUGCUGAUUUAGGUCCUUCUCCCUCGUAAACAGACUCUAGCACACGCUCACUUCAGCUCAGACUCUGACGUUUACAUGCAGAUGCAGCAGUAUAUGUGAACCUGCCAUGCAUUCAUAUUGGUUUACCCCAAGCCUGCUGUCUGAAACUGUAUGUGAACUACUUUUGUACCUGACAGCAGGGGUGUAGCUAUGAUUUUUAUUGUAAUUAUUUAGCUUUUAUCAGUGUAGGGUCAAAGAAGCAAAGUAAUUUAAGUCAGUAUCUUUUAAUAGGACACAAAGAAAGUGGUUUGUGCAUUAUUUCUGUACAUUGCUGUGCAUGAGUAACUCUAUAGGCUAAAAUUAGAAUAGCAUAAAGAAUUCAUUUCUGGGGCUCAGUAGCCUCAAUCCCGUGUUACAUUUAUUGUGCCAGGAAGAAUUAAUGGAUGGUGGAAGGUCUGGCCCCUGGGCUUCUGAAUCCAUCAGUGAUGAUGUUAUAUUGAUGCAAUAUGAAGGUCAGGAACAGAUCAGAUUUGGGCUGUAGCCACUGAGCACAGAACAAAGUGCACCAGAGCUUCCAUGAUACGUAUAACGGAAGUGGGUCACCAUAGAUUUCAGUGUUGAAAGGGAAAGAGGAUUUGGCGAACGCACACAUUUAUAAACUCCUCCUCUACAGCACGCCUGCUUCUUUCUGAAUGCAUGCAUAUGGGGCAGUUACUGCAGACAGUUACUGUGCUCACUUCAUGUUGUUCAGUUCUUUUCCUCACAGAUAAUUUCCAGUGUCAGAGAGGGAUAAGAAAAAAAAAUUGGGGCGCUUAGAGAGGUGAAGGAGGGCUAACCAGAUGUAAUGAGGAAAAGGGAUAGAGAAAAAAAUCCUCUCCACAUUCAGCCACACUGCGUCUCAUUUAUGCCUCUGUCCACUUUUCUUAUCAAAUAUUAGCCCUCACAAAUUAGCUUUGUAGCGCAGCUCUGACCUCAGUGACACUGCGGUUAAAUUCUAGUUUUACGGAGUUUCUCAAGUUGAGUGUGUAUUUCUCAACGAGAGAUUAUUUUGGCUGACACCCUAUGCUAAGUCUGCAUUGGCUUGGAUGGGGAAAAAAGCCUCACAGUUCAUUAUCUCUCCUCUCCACUCUGUGGCUUCACACUCUUCAGCCACAUGACGAUGUAAUUCUCUCCGCCGCUUCUUACGUCUUUAUCCGCCCUGUUAGCGUUUCUCCCUCUGUCCCUUCCCACCCUGACAGUUUCUAAUUUCUCUGCCACCCCAUCUCUCCUUCCAUUCUCACUUACCCCCACCCUCCCCGCUCCCCCACCACCUUCCCCAUAUGAAAGGGUAUUAACUUCACACAGAGAAAAUUAUAUUCCGUCGUUUCCCUCUUUCAUGAAUUCUAAGCUUUUUGAGAAGUGGCCGCCAGUUUUUGACACUAUAUUUUCACAUCUUCUCUACUUUUAUGAUACACCCGUGUUUAGACGCCUGAAUCAUUAUAAAUGUAGAGCACACAUUCAGAAAUAAUUGGCAAGCGAGUACUUUUCUUAAUUUUAUGCCUCAAAUGCAUGACUCAGUUAAACCACACCAUGGCUGAGAAAUGACCCUUUAAAAUGAAACCAGAAUUCUAGCAAUUUUAGCUCAAAAAUGACUGAAAUCUUUUUCAAAAUUUCAGCCUGUAAAGCAUUGAAUGCUACCAUAAAUCCUUUCCUAAGCAGCCAUGCAGCCUCACUGACCUACUACGAGUACUGCAUUUAAAUAGUUCACCUCGCUGGACCCUGCAUUUAAACACUUAAAGGCACUUUGCUGCCCGACGUGUGUCGCUAGCACAGCUCGGACCAUCUCAGCCUAUUUCCCCGAGCAGAAUAUGCAGACAUAGACAUUGCACUGUGGCUUUUUGCUUUCCCCGAACCUUUUCACACAGGCGUAGCUGCAAGGACACAUCUUCAUAGGAAUGUCAUACAGAAUCACUUACACGGUCAUGUAUGCUUCGGAAAAAAACGCUUUUAGACACGAUAUCACCAUUUGGGCACACCAAGUAGACAUUUAGCUUGAUGCGCACAUGUUUUUAUACAUCUGGUGCACACUAAUUUGUGACCCAUUUUUUAAUGAGUCAGCAACAGAAGCAUGAAAGCAUGGUCUACAUUCAUGAAGUCGUCCAUCCCCCUUCUCCUCCUUCGCACUUCUAAUAGUCCUUUCAGGGCCACUAGCCUCACUAAGAGCACCAGUGUUUUCUGUAUUUGUAUUGUUUUAAUAUUUUAUAUCAACCUUACAGAGACACACCGUGAAUAUUAUGUUUUCUGCUAACGUUCCCUCUAGCACAUCCAGAUGAAUCAAAUGAGCUGGCGAGGUCACAGGUUUUGUCUGUCUGUUUGUGUUUGUGAUUAACAAAGAUAAAGAAAUGAAUCGUUUUUUUGUUGUUUUUUUGAAAAGAUAAUACACAGAGAGUAGUGAGUGACAGAUUGAAGGCAAGACUAACAGAAGGUCUAUGAUGGCCGUACAGCAGCUGAGAUACUGUCAGGUAGCUGUUUGUGCGAUAACAGUCAACCGUAGUGUGUCACCUACACCUUCCUCCCACCACUGAGUCAUUCAUGUCUACAAUCCAUUGAAUUGCAUGCUCCAUCUCUUAUUAUUGCUGUUCAGAUUUUGUGUUCGGUGAUUCAUAAUUAAAGUGUGUGUGUGUGAGAGAGAGAGACAGAGAGAGAGAGAGACUGUAAGAGAAUCUGUGUAUUAUGAACUUGUCAAUUAUUGUCUCACCUCAUCCACGUGAGUGUGUUGUUACUGAACACUGUAUUUGUUUUUUGUCUGGCUGUAUUAUAUUUCUUAUUUUAUCUUGUGUUGAUGUCAUUAGACGGUUUGUGCAAUUUUUAGUUCCUAUACCCACCAAAAAGACUGGCUGCAGCGCAUGAGGAAACUGUGGAAGAUGCAAAUGCUGCAAUUUUAAACCCUUCAAAAUUGUUCACAAAUGACUCAAGCUCGUCUCAUAUUUGCAUCUUUAUCGCAUCUAAAAAAAAACCUGUCGUUUUGCAGAGGGUUCCUCUGUAUAUUUUUGCACUGCCGUUUACAAACACGGAAGACAUGCAAAUAUGAAAAAUUGUCUGUGUUUGCAGGCAAAUUAUAGUUGAUAACCCGGCCCGUCUUCUGCUUCUUGUGAUUUUGUCAUGUAAGGCUGCCAGCUCUUCUUGGCUCAUCUGUUUCUCUUUGUAUUUUUUUUUUUGCUUAAGGUAUUUAUUUCCAUUUGUUCAUGUUAUCAUUAAAUUCACUGUCAUUUCAUUUUCAUUUCGUGUUUGCUUUUUUUCCCCUCAUGCCGCUCAUUUGUGUUGCAUUAACAUCAUGUUCACCACAUACAGAAAUAUACCAAUUUAUCAGCGGUUCUCCUUUGUUAAACUCAGAUCUGCAUUCAGCAGAGCAAAAAGGAAAUUACAACACAAACGCAGUCCCAGAGGUGCAGUCGUCUUUCUUGUCCCACUGCUCCUGUUUUUGAUGGGGUUUUUUUUCUGUUCUUGGGUGAGACAGCCUCACUCCCAUUUUUUAAUUUUCCCUGAAGCGUUUAAUCACAUUCCUGUGAUUCCCCUGGAUUUGCAGUCCACAAGGAUCGUUAUUAGAAAACUUUGCUGUGUCCAACUGGCAGAGCAGCGGAGUGACUGAAUCCCCAAACUGUGUUGAUUUCUUCAGAUGAGCGUCAAAUAGAUUGUUUCCUGUCUGUCUAGACACCAAAAUAAGAGCCAAGAAAUAUUAUCUCCUGUACCUUGUGUAGCGACUUGGGACAAAAGAAAGUACCCUGUUCCUACUGAAUCUUAUUAGAUUUUCCCACUGAAGCACACACACCAAUAAAUCCUGCUAUAGCUGGAUAUUGCGUGACAGUGAAAGUGACAGGAAACGCUGCUUGGAGAAGAGGUUUGGCUCUCUCAGCCAGAAAAACAGAGAGAAAGGAGGCUUUCGGACGUGUUUCAUAAUCAGAUUCAAACAUCACACUUAAGGUGCUUUUCUAAAUGUGUGGUGGCGCUUAUAAUGAUGAAUUCUACAGAUGACAGACUUCCUUUUUAACACCACAGAAUAAAUCACUAUUUCCUCUGCUCUACGCACCUGCUCCACAUUUAAGGUCAAUAGCGGACAUCCUGUUUAAUUCACAUUUAUGCACUAAUCAGUAUUCAGCCCCUGAAUAAUGUCCUUGCAGGCUUCAGGAGCAGUGGCUGCAGCCAUGAUGUAAAAGGUUUGUCAGCGUGUUUUUUUUAGUGGUGUGAGUCAUAGCUAGAGCAAAAGAGUAGAGGUGUGGAGCUGGGAAUAGUAUGUGGUGUAUUGUGCAACAGGGACAAAGCUGGAUGCUCUAACAAUAACAAGACAGUUCCUGCCAAAUGUUAUGAUCAAUAUCAACCAAACCAGACUCCAUCCAUCUUUCUCUCCGUCUCUUCAUGCCCCCUUUUUUCAGUUCCUCAGUCUCUCCCUCACUCUGUCUGUCACUCCACCUGUUUUGUAGUUUUUCACACAGGAAAGAGAGAGACACAAUGUUCAUAGAAGGUUGAACCCGCCUCUCAGCGCGCAGACAGGAAAUGGCCAUAUAUAGGCUUCUGUCUCCACACUGGAAGUCUCAUAAGCUGCCUUUCUCCUCUCUGUGAGCAGUUUCCACAGCAACAGUAUUUUGUUUCCCUCAGCUGCAGGGAGAGAGAGAGAGAUAGGAGUUCAAAAUGAGAAAGCAGGGCUGGAUUUGAGAUAAUGGCACAAGAGAGGUAAAUAUACGAGCCAGGAUGAGAAAAUAAAAGAUCAGAAGAAGGAUGUUUGUAGAUAAAGCACAGCAGGGUCAUCGACUUUACGGGCAUUAAGUGGGUUUUUUUGUUCCGGGAUGAGUGCCCGACCAAAAGCAACGUUACGUAAACCAAAUUCAGCCUGACUCACAGCUACGGUUCACCUGGGUGGCUUUCAGGUCACAACAGUAGAGAUGAGUAAAAGAGCUGACAGCUACUUGAAUAGAGAUAUAGGGCAGCUCUGCUGUAAAUAGUUUUCAGAUCAAAGUCAUUACGCCUUCUCCUUCCUCUGCCAUGACAGUGAGUUCUCCAGGCUGCAUGUCAGUGUGAGUGGACACCACAGAAAUAAGAGAUUCACAUGCGGCCCGGGUGAAAAAAUGGAAAUCAAAGUAGCUGUGGGAUUUGGUCUGCAUCUCCUGGUCUGCACAUAUAUGCAGAAUUACUCGCAGGCAUAUUUUCCUUCAUAGUGUGGACGAGAUCAGUUCCAAGCAGACAUUUUAACAUUGAAUAGUUGUUAAUCCACAUCACCCGCUUUGUAAAAUCAGAGACAGGAUGACACAGUUUUUUAAUAAAAUCUGUUUUGUAAGCCUUUACCAUGAGCUAAAAUAAAAAUGUAUUAUUAAAAUUCCCUGGAGCCGAAUUUGCAUGUCACCCUGUUACAAAUGCCUUCAUGGCAUCCAUUAAUUCAGCAACACAUUUUUACUUCUCAUCUCCUCUAAGUAGCCAGGACUGAGUGAUGUGUGAAUUAUACUAUGUGGUGUGAAUUUGUUAUGAGAGAGCCGCAGAAAGACCACACCUGCACUGGCAUGAGAGAUGAAUGAAAAGAAAUGUAUCACUGGCUUGAAACGUGUGAGUCAAAAUAAGUGAGAGGUGGUCACCAAGAGGCUACUGAUGAUGCACCUUUUGGCUUCUGCACUUCAGGACAACUGGCUCAUGCAUCACACAUACACAGUGCACACCAUUUACAGCCCAAACUGCACCCGUGAAUAAUUCAUACCAGCUAGAUGAUUCUGCUUAUAUUUUUUAGAGAAAUUGUGAGGCGUUCACUUACAUCACUGGUCAGGCUGCACGUGUCUGCUGCACCUGUGGGACUUGGAAAGCCUCCAGAACCACAAAGAUUAUUUAGUGUUGUGUCCUCGGGACUGACUAUCGGGCAGACAGCAGAGCGGAGACUGAGGAGAGGAAGGAAAAAUACAUAUUGAACAUUUGAAAAAUCUCACAAAUGAAGAGACUAACUAUCCUGACCAGUGCCUGCUAAGACAAAUAAAGCACAACUUUGUCCAAAAUGAAGUAAUUAAAUUUGAAGCUGAGGAAGAGAAAGGGGGAGGAGAGGAGAAAAUGCAGAAAUAUGAGAGGGGUAGAUUCUUAUCUACAGUCCUGACUAGAUCCUCGCUCCCCACCCUUGCUUCCAUGACAACCAGACAGAAGGUUAGGAGGUGGAGGGCGUAAUGAGUUUUUGUCUUCAGAUAGAUGCAGAUGCUGCAUCUCAGCCACUCUCUUUUGCCUUAAUGACCUCCUACUCACAAACCAGAUGAAAGGCAGUAUUCAUCCGCCUUUAUUAGUGUCACCAAAACCUGCAUUUUUAUGCUUUGUUAAAGGUAGUAAUGAGGAGUGAAAAGAAGUUGCAAUUAGACAGGAAUUACUGAAAGUUCUAUGAAUGUAAAGUAGCUUAUUGCAAUGCAAUCGUAUGUCCCGGUGUGGCCACACACACACAGGUGCUUUUGCUGAAUAAGUAACGGGUUUAUAUUCAGGCCGACAGCUUAAGUAAACCUGUUCUGGCUCUUUUCGUGAGCACAGUGUACACAUAGCAGAGGGGAGCACAAUACAACACACAGAAAUGCAAACACGAAGACAGAUUUAAGGAUGUACUGAGGAUGAGAUGAGUUGCACAAUGUCCUUUUGUCUGUCUUUGGACAUCCGUAAUUGUUUGGGCUGGGAUUGUCACAGAAGGGACUCUCUCAUCAUGCUCUGUUGAGCGUGGAGUUGAUUACAAACUAUUUUGGGAAAUGAUGCAGAUUUAAAUAAUUGUCU